AUGUCUUCAACUCGUCUUCGUGAACAACGAGAAGAAACAGUUGGUUUUCUCGCUCGGUCUGAUGCUUCUAGUGGAAGCAAACCUGAAUCUCUUAUUAGUAAAUCUCGGUUCUCUUGCUCCCACUGUGGUCGUAGUGGUCAUGAGAAACGAGAUUGCUGGCAGCUCGUUGCCUUUCCGGACUGGUGGACGGAGAGGUCCGAGAAGAUCAGUGCUGGUCGUGGUUCUGGUGGCAGAGGCAGAGGUCGUGGUACUAGCUACAACGUCAGCGGUCGCGGACGUGUUCAUCCUGUUGCUGCACACGCUACUAGCUCCAACUCAUCUGUUUUUUCUGAAUUUACAGCUCGAUUUUUGAACAUUUUGAUUGGAAGUGGUGAAGAGUGUGAUAGUGUGUAUUAUCUUACGGAUGUGGCUACAAAAAAGUUCCAUAUGGCAAGUGUGGCUACUGAUCAUGCUCUGUGGCAUCGGCGUUUAGGACAUCCUAGUUUUUCAGUUCUUUCGGCUUUACCUUUAUUUUCUGGUUCUUCGUCUUCUGUUAGCUCAACUAUAUUUUUGACAAUUGUUGAUGACUUCUCUCACGCGGUCUGGACGUUUCUCUUACUUGAGAAGUCUGAAGUGCGACGUGUUCUUACAAAUUUCAUGCAAUACACGGAGAAACAGUUUGUUAAAGCUGUCAAGACGUCUUGUGUUGCCAAGCCUCAACAGAAUGGGCGUGUUGAAAGAAAACAUCACAAACUCAAUGCUGUUAGGGCAUUGUUAUUCAGCUUCGACUUAUUGGUCCUGCUUGCUACGUUCAUCGUCUUGGUCGAGACAAAGAUAAAUUUGGCCAGUGUAGUCGUUUGUGUGUUUUUGUUGGAUAUUCAUCUGGAAGAUUUUUUUCCUUAUGCGUCUCCAGUUUCCUCAUUGCCUCUUGUGUCGGACUCUCCAUCGUCUGGUGAUGAUGAUUGGUUGGUCUCUCCUUCGGAUGUAAGGGGGAGCCCUGUUGCGACUCCUCCGAUUUCUAUUGUACAAGAGGUUUCUCCUGACAGUUCCUCAUCACAUGAUUUAAGCGUUACUGCGGAUACCGCUUCUCCUGACUCUGUUUCCUUUGAUUUAGAGCCGAUAGUUCCUGUUCCUAUACCCUCCACUGUGGUUCCUGUUCCGGGUACGGUUGUUUCCUCUAGUCGUCCUGUUGAUGACCAGACUAUGUCUGCUACAUUACCGGCUGUGCCGGCUCCUCCACAACGUCAAAGUCAGCGUUCUUCUAAGCCUCUUGCUCUGCUUAAUGAUUACAUCCUUUACAACGUUACUUACACACCUUCAUCCUCAAACACUCUUCCCGACUCCUCUUCAUUGUCUUCGGCUUCGGUUCCAGGUAUCUCUUUGUCUCCUUUGACUGAUUAUUUUGAGGAUAACUUUACUCCCGCUCAUCGUGUUUACCUUGCGGCUAUCACUGACAAUAAUGAGCCUAAACAUUUUAAAGAGGCUGUUCAAUUCAAGGUUUGGAAUGAUGCAAUGUCCAAGGAAGUUGAUGCUCUUGAAGUCAACAAAACAGGGGACCUGGUUGAUCUUCCUCCUAAUAAAGUGGCUAUUGGUGGUCAGUGGAUUUAUAAGACAAAGUAUAAUUCAGACGGCACUGUGGAACGUUAUAAGGCUAGACUUGUUGGUCUUGGUAAUAAUCAGAUUGAGGGGGAGGAUUAUAAAGAGACUUUUGCUCUUGUUGUUCAUAUGACAACGGUUCGCACUCUUCUUCGUCUUGUUGCGGCAAAGAAUUGGGAGGUUUAUCAGAUGGAUGUACACAAUGCAUUCUUACAUGGGGAUCUUGAUGAGGAGGUCUAUAUAAAGCUUCCUCCAAGAUUUCGUCAUUCUCAUCCAGGAAAAGUUUGGCGUCUCCAUAAGUCCUUGUAUGGUCUCGAACAGGCUCCUCGGUGUUGGUUCAAGAAGUUGUCUGAUUCUCUUUUGCGGUUUGGCUUCUUCCAGUCUUAUGAAGAUUAUUCACUCUUCUCCUAUACUCGUAAUAAAAUAGAGAUUUGUGUGCUUAUAUAUGUUGAUGAUCCCAUGAUUUGUGGUAAUGAUGGAUACAUGCUUAAGAAGUUUAAAGAUUAUCUCAGCCGCUGUUUCUCCAUGAAAGACUUGGGCAAGCUUAAGUAUUUCCUUGGUCUUCAAGUCAGUUGUGGAUCUGAUGGUUUCUUUUUGACACAGUGUAAGUACGCUCUUGAUAUUGUUGCUGAUAGUGGGGACCUUGCUUCGCGUCUUGUGUUUACUCCUUUGGAAUAG